AGUCGGCAUUGUUCGGCCCGACUUAGGAGCCCAAAUCAAAAGUGAAGUUCAGUGCUAACAAACCCUAGCUAACUUCCUUCUUGAAUUAGAAAAUCUAUCCGUCUACUUUAGGAGCCUCUUUACAGAAUCAAAUUAGGGAUUUUGAAAUUCUCUGCGGGCAUUAAAGUAUGGCAAAGGAAGAAAAACGGAAAGGAAAAUUUGAUGAUAAAGAAGAAGAAGAAAAGGCGGUGAUAGAACUGAGCAGCGGUGACGAAGAUGAUAAUGAGGCUAACGAGGAUCUGAGCUUGAAGAUUGUUGAGAAAGCGUUGUUAAUGAGAGCUGCAAAAUUGGCUCAAAACGACAACGAGAUUGUCGUUUUGGAUGAUGAUGAUGAUGAUGAGGAUGAUUAUAAUGUGUCUAAGAAUGAUAGCGGUGUUGUCGGUGUCAGUAGUGGCCGUGAUGAGGCUGAAUCGGUGGUGGUUAAGGAGGUUAAGAAGAAGAAGAAGAAAAAGAAGAUUCAAAAGAAAGAAAUUGAAAACCAAUAUGUUGUUGCUGCAAAGGAAGAAGGGCAGGUGGAAACAGUUGCAAAGGAAGAAGAUAGAGAAACAAUUGAAAAGAUAGUGGAGGUAGUGGAGAAUGGCGAGGCAGGUCAAUUAGAUGAAAAUGUGGAUAGUCAUGCUGUUGAAGUAGCUCAAAAUAUGGUGCUGCGAAAGCUUCUUCGAGGUCCGAGAUACUUUGAUUCCCCGGAUAGUGGCUGGUCCACAUGUUUUAAUUGUGGAAAGGAAGGUCAUAUGGCUGUGAAUUGUCCAUCAUUUGAGAAGAAGAGGAAACCUUGCUUUCUUUGUGGGGGUUUGGACCAUGGUGUCAAGCAGUGUUCUAAGGAACGACUUUGCAUUAUUUGUAAAUCAGUCGGUCACCGUCCAAACAGGUGUCCAGAGAAACAUAAGGGUGGUCCACAGAGUUCAAAAGUUUGUUUGAAAUGUGGAGACUCUGGGCAUGAUAUGUUCUCAUGCAGGAAUAGUUAUCCUCUUGAUGAUCUCAAGGAGAUACAGUGUUACAUCUGCAAGAAUGGAGGCCAUCUAUGUUGUGUAAACUUUGUUGAUAAUAGUCCAAGAGAAGUUUCUUGCUACAAAUGUGGUGAACUGGGUCAUACUGGUUCAGAAUGCUCAAGCUUGCAUGAUGAAGCCACCACUACAGCCCCAUCUAGUUCAUGCUUCAGAUGUGGUGAAGAAGGACACUUUGUACGUGAUUGCACAAGUUCUGUAAAGGCUGGGAGAAGGAAUCAUGAGCAAUCAACCCCUACUUUGAGACCCCAUAGAGAAAAUAAAGAAGCUUUGGGAUACAAAUCUGCUCCUCAAGAUCUCGGCAAGUCUCGUAAAAAGAGGAAAUCCAAGUCUGGAGAAAGAAGCAAUACCACACCUAAAAAAUCAAAACAAAGAGGUGGAUGGCUGACAGAAGAUCCUACUGGGGAUUUUUCCCAGUCAAAGUUCAAAAAGAACCAUUGGAGGUCUCCUUCAAAACUAUCAUACCAGGGUCAUAAGAUUUCUACUGGAACCACUGGCGGUCAUCCAGGUAUGUCAAGUUCUCCAUCUUAUAAGAAAAUGCGAAAUAAUCAUUGGGGACCUUCACAAUUGCAAGGUUCAGCUUCUCCUUUCCAUCAAAGAUAUUCAGCUUCAAGGUUUAGCAACUCCAGCAAUGCUGGAUUCAGGAGAAACUAUAAUGACAGGUGGUACUAAUUUAAGUUUGCAUGUAAACUACAGAAAAGGGCUUUUGAAACUUGUAUUCUCUCUUCUGAUUCCUCCCAUACCAUGUGUAACCUUGUAACAACCUCAGCUUUAAUUCGAGUUAUUUAUUUAUUCA